ACCGUCAUGCGGUCGAGAUGGACUUCAAUGGUCGUUCAAGUGCGGGGUGGGCAUCUGGCCAUCUCUGCGUGUGCUCUCUCCUACCAAAUGCCCAGGGGCACAUACUGACGAUAUACGAAGAGCAAAACCCGAAGCCACCUCCCCAAAUGACCAUGCAGGCCUCAGUCCAAGACGCCAUCUGGGGGGAAGAACGAUCGGUGUGGGCAUGGGCAAGGCGAAGAUGUGUGCGACUCAUGGGACAGCCGUUGGUCAAUAGGCGUCUCAAGUACACAACAAUACUUGGAAAUGGGUUCCAGACCUGACCAGUGGGCUCAGUGGAGACCACUUGGAAACAGUUGGGCAACCGUGGUAUGACAGUGCACAAUGACUACCGAUUCCUCCCUUUGUCGUAGUACUUUCCAGUUUCUAGAGCACCGCUGCCCAGUACCCGACCGCCGUCGACUUGGGUAAUCCACUGAGACGUCAUUUUCCGCGUAAUGCACUAGAAGCUGCCCAUUAUUCACCUUGGGAAGCUUCUCGUCUUCCCGACCUUCCGAACGGAC